AUACAAGGGGUUUCUUCAGCAUUUUCAUUCUCUCCUAACACUUGUUUACAAACGUCAAUUUCUCGAUCGAAGCUAACGCCAACCGCCAAAAUUUCAUUCACAAGUUUUCGCCAGAGUUUCGCCUCCACCACCAGUUACCUGAGGAGGCGUUUCUCAUCUGGAGACUUAUCAGGAGAAAUCGAAGAUGAACAAGAACGUCACGAACAGCCCCCUCGUGUUGAGCCUCUGCAACAAUCACGUGAUUCGGACCUUUCCCUUAACCUGCGACCCAGCUCUACUACAAGUGCACCUAGCUCUCCCGCCAAAAAUGUCACUUCAUUCUUGACGAGGGGCACUUCCUUAACCGGAACAUCAUCCGUAAGAACUGCUUACACCAAAGAAAAGCACAAGACCUUGCUGAUCAUGGAUGACUUCAACACCGACUGGUCCAAAUAUUUCCGAGGGAAACGUAUCCAAGGCGACUGGGAUAUCAGGGUUGAGCAGGCUGAAUUGAAAGACAUAACCUUGUCGGCUCAUUCAGAAACAGGAACCACAGUCAGCAUGGUGGUGGACAGAAAUGGUACUAAAGUUGUCAGGUCUUUUCGCCCGGAUUUCCUAUUGAUUCGACAACACAUACGAGAUGCUUGUGAGGAUUACAGAAAUCUAUUGUUAGGAUUUAAAUAUGGCGGUGUUCCAAGUAUCAACACCUUGCAUAGUCUCUAUAACUUUCAAGAUAAGCCUUGGGUGUUUUCUCAACUGCUGCACAUUCAGCGUAGACUGGGAAAAGAGAAUUUUCCGUUGAUGGAGCAAACGUUCUAUCCGAACCAUAAAGAAAUGUUAAGUGCAUCCAAAUUUCCUUGUGUGGUAAAGAUCGGCCAUGCACACGGUGGAAUGGGAAAAAUAAAAGUGGAUAACCAUAUGGCUUUUCAAGAUGUAUCUAGUCUAGUAGCUGUUACCAAAAAGUACUGUGUAGUCGAACCUUAUAUCGAUGCCAAAUACGAUAUCCACAUCCAGAAAAUUGGAAAUAAUUACAAGGCCUACAUGAGAAAAUCCAUCUCUGGAUGCUGGAAGGCCAACAUUGGUUCCGCCAUGUUGGAACAAGUUCAGAUGACUGACCGCUACAAGCAGUGGGUAGACGAAGUGUCCGAGAUGUUUGGUGGUCUAGACAUUUGUGCUAUAGAAGCCCUUCAGGGUAAAGAUGGACGGGAAUACAUUUCUGAGGUGAACGACUCAUCCAUGACGCUACUAGGUGACAGCCAAGAAGAAGACCGUCGACAGAUCUCAGACCUUGUUGUUCAGAGAAUGCAAACGUUUUGCAAGCCUCUCGUGAGUGGUGAGAGACCUCAAGAACCACCAGUGGAGAAACAAGAAACUGGACAUACUGAAAGAAACACCAAAGGGAAACAACCCAUUCACUCUCGUGAGUCGCAUUCACGUCAAGGUUCUGUCACCUCUUCAUUGGCUGGAUUCCUGGGUCUAGACAAGCAAACACCUAGGUCAAGUUUAAGCGGGACUACUGCUACCGAUGACCAACCGAGAGGUGAUCACAUUACUCAGGCAAUAGAUCAGCCAGUGGUUGGAACACCGCAAGUGCAACGCCAUAACUCUCAACAGAGGGCACCACCUAUAUCACAAGUUGGAGCACCUCAACCAAGGGGACCACCGCCACCACCACCGCAAGCUGGUAGCAAUGCCCCACAGCAGAGAACACCAUCAGCUGCACCACAAAUAAGUGGCAAUGUAACUCAACAGAGGGUGCCACCAGCACCACCCCAAGCUAGUGCUCCUUCUUCCACUGGAACAGCUCCUCGACGAGGUUCUCAAUCUUCAAUCGGGAGCGCAGAAUCAGGGCAAACACCAACUCCUACAGUACAGAUGCCUACACAACAACGCCCUAGCCAGCAACCCCCGAUGCAGCGUCCGGGUCAACCAGCAGUGCCAGUAGUACCACCGCGUCCUCCAGACCGAGGGACUAGUUCAUUAUUUCGGCGGGAUUCCCAGCCUGUGCCAGAGAAAGGACCAGAAGAUCCAGAUGAUACAAUGAAAAAUCUUCGUAAGACAUUUGCUGGAAUAUUUGGAGAUAUGUAGAUGUUUAAUUAGGUAGUUUCAAGCUUAUUAAGUAAUUAUUUCCUCGAUAAUGUCACGUAAGCAUGCUGUUAUUGUCCGCAUAGACGAGUUUUUUUUAUUCGUAUAAUAGUCGAAUGUAUUAGGACUUUCUUGUAAUUGUUAACGUCACGAGAAACUGAAAACAAACGCUACUUAACAUUUAAAUCACAAUAUCGAUAAACUAUUAAAAAAAACAAAUAAAGUGUAAUAUUAAUUAAAAAUUUAAUUCCCCUCAGCGUGUGAUAGCUUACAUACAAAGAUUGAUAUCAUUUUUACCGGAGGAAGUUUUGCAAGUCAUGAUACAUUGUUAGCUGGUCAUCUUAUGCAAAAGUUGUGAAUUCCACAAAGUACCACGUACCAUGACUUCUUAACCAUUCCCGGCUAACAUACAAUAAAAUCCAUUCAAAAUUAUUUCGAUUUUAAAUAUUAACCUAGAUAUUUUUGGAUU